AGGAAAUAUAAAAUUGGAUGAAAAUUUGGGCACCUGCUUGUAGAGUAUUAUACGUAAAAUCGGUGGAAAGGGGAGCAUUUGUUAAAAAAUUUUAUAAAAUUAAAUACAAGUUUGCGCGAUAUUGAUGGUCCACCAUCAAUGAUAAGCCCCUACGAUUCCUUCGUCUACUUACAUUAAAAAGAUCUUCCUUAGAUGUCUCUGCUAGCUCAGUAUCAAAGUCAAGUUCACAUUUCAUUCUAAAAUGAAAUUGCAAAUGGUAUAAAAAUGGAAUAUUAUUGCAUUGAGAAUAUAAGAGGAGAAUCAACUUUUUCUGAACGAUUAACGCUUUCAUUAUUCAUGUCGUCUUUGUUAUUUAUCAAGAAAAAUCUUGAUGAUCUACCGUUAAUCUUGAAAGAAAUUUCUGCCACUAUUUUGCGUGGAAUUGUUUUAAUGAUUAUAACAGAUGUCUUUUCGUGGUUUAAGAAAUAAAAAACAACGAUUUCUUCGUGAGAAGAGGAACUUUGUCGAAAAAUUAUUUAAUCGGCUUUAAAUAUCUAAAUCGUACGACUUGAAAGGGAAACAGGUAAUAGUAUGUUCAGAGUGUACACACGCACACAUGUGUAUGUGUGUGUGUGUAGAAUAUGAAACACGGCGUAUUGCGUUAUUAGACGAUAACCAUUAGUUAUUAGGGUCGAUUGGCACGAAUAACUCGACGUAAGGACCACGUUAAAAGAGUCGUUAUAGUGUACGUGCGUAUAUAGCAAUUACGGUCUUCCGAACGUCGUUGUUCAUCGUUGUGCUCACAGACGGUAGAGAUCCAUAAAAUGUUGUAACAAAUUCACUUAUACCAACGGAUCUUUGAUGUUUCUCCUUAAUACCGUUUAUUCUAUCGAAGGCAUAUCAUUUAGAAUUCUGUGUUUUUUUCGCGUCUAAGUUAUUUAAAAGCCAUUCUUUUUAUACUUGUCUAUGCGAUAUUAUUAUUCGUGUGAUUUAGUAGAAACAGAUACGCGCGCGCGCGCGCGCGCACACACAGAGAAAGAGAGAAAGAUACGCACGAACACACACUUUUCUUUUAUUUUCUUUUCUUUUUUUUCCAUCAGUAAUUUAGUCGUAAACGCUCUUGUUCUUAUCAAUGUGUUAAGUGACAGCAAUGAAGUUGAUGCAUAUUUUUACCUCAGCAUUAUCCCACGUAGCGUAAAAUGAGGGGAAACAAUACGAGCCAAUACAACGACGACGAUUUCUUCAGCGACGGUGGCCCUUGCCCACCUUGUCGACUUGCUAUUAACGAGGAAACCGGUAGACUAAAAUGGUGCACAGAAGGCGACGAUACUUGGCGAUUUCGCGUCAGACUAAUGCUACUGAUUCCUGCGGUUUUAUUGCCAAUCACUAUAAUUUUCAUUGCUUUAUCGCGAUCGCAAAUCACCGAUAAAUUACCCCAUCGUCGUACAUUUAGCGCUAUUCGCAAUUCUCAAGAACAAACUAAGAAUAAUUUCGUUGAAAAUUAUAAUACCUUGCUCCGAUCAUCCGAGAGCAAAGAAAUACAGCACUCUGUCGAUGGGAAUGAAGAUGAAGAUGAAAUUCGUAUCUCCGAAGUUCAAACAAGUUACGUACCGCCAAACGUUCAUUUUUUAAUACAAUCCUCGAAACGACGGAAGAGGCAUACGGAUGCGGAAACAACGGUCGAAAAAAGGAACGAUUACAACGGUAUCAAAUCGAUCGACGAAAUACGCGAGAAAAUCCUGUCUAAGGAGAAAGUAGUCAUAGCUAGUGGCGUCAGUCAGAAAACGACUACAGGUACGUCGAACGACGAAACGGAUUAUUUUCUACUCGAUUAUAAUCCAGAAUUAGAAUUCGAUGAGCCCUACGCAUACAGCGAUAUACAGGAUUACGAAGACUACUCGAAAGAGGAAAAGACGGAGCACAUGGUUACGGAAGAAAAAGAGCAAUUAGAUUUUGGAUCAUUGAAUCAAAGAUAUCGAAACGUUAAGGAUAAGACGAAUGAACGAUCGCAAGACCGGCUAAUUGAUCAUACCGAGCGGAUUAGCACUUAUUCCGUUUCCAUUGGCAACGCCUACGGACGAUGGCCUGUACCCGAUCACCAGGAUAAAGACGCCCCAGCCGAUUUCCAUGCAUUUUGGAAAGACGAAGGAAACGCGAAAAGCAUCAGAGAGGCUCAAGCAAGGAUAAUGUUAGAAUACAUGGAUAAGACUGCCAAUCCGUGUCAAGAUUUUUAUCAGUACGCCUGUGGAAACUGGGAGAAACGUAAUCCCAUUCCAAAGGAUAAGGCGGCCUACGACACCUUCGAGAUGUUAAGAGAAUCAUUAGAUAUUGUUUUGAAAGAAUUACUGGAGGAUAAAGUUCCGCAUAACGUCAGGUUAAAUACUGACGACGCAACGGUCAAAGCAAAGUAUCAUUUUCAGAGUUGUAUGAAUUACGAGAUCUUGGAGCAACGUAUGGAACAGCCGGUGUUAAAACUUUUAGAGGAACUCGGUGGCUGGCCAAUUUUAAAGUCCGAUUGGGAUCCCGAUAAGUUCGAUUGGUUGCUUUUGGUCGCACAGUUGCGUCUAUAUAAUAAUAAUAUCCUUAUUUCCGAAUGGGUUGGACCGGACAUUAAAAAUAGUGACCAAUAUGUUAUACAAUUCGAUCAAACGUCCCUUGGUCUCCCUACAAGAGACUAUUUUCUUCAGCCAUCUAAUAUGAUUUAUCUGAACGCUUAUAAAGAUUAUUUCAUUAAAAUAGUAACCCUUCUUGGUGCUUCUUUGCAAAAUGCCACUGUUCAUGCAAAUCAACUGAUAGAAUUCGAAACGAAGCUCGCGAAGAUAACAUUUUCACCCGACGAAAGACGGAACAUUUCAGAACUUUAUCAAAAAAUGAGCAUUGGUGAAUUGUGUUCGAUGGUGCCUCAAAUCGAUUGGCGUAAAUACCUUUCGAUCGUUUUAGCACGUCCCGUAAAUACUUCUGAACCGGUUGUCGUAUUUGCCCUACAAUAUAUUCAAGAUUUGGUAAAUUUACUCUCAAAAACUGAACCCAGAACUAUAGCAAAUUAUCUUUUAUGGAGAUUCGUACGUCACAGAGUGAACAAUUUAGAUGAUCGAUUUCAAGAAGCUAAACAAAAGUUUUAUUACAUUCUCUUUGGGAUAGAACAAGCCCCUCCUAGAUGGAAGAAUUGUGUAUCACAGGUCAAUGCCAAUAUGGGUAUAGCCGUUGGUUCCAUGUUCGUUCGAAAAUAUUUUGAUGAAAAGAGUAAGAAUGAUACGCUAUCCAUGACACGAGAGAUACAAGAAUCAUUUAGGGCAUUACUGAAUCAAACUACUUGGAUUGACAACGAGACGAAACGAUUAGCCAGCGAAAAAGUAAAUGCUAUGCUUUUAAGAAUCGGCUAUCCCGACUUUAUCCUACAGCCACAUUUAUUAAAUGAACGUUAUAAGGAUGUCGUAAUCCAUCCGGAUAAAUACUUUGAGAAUACGUUAAAUAUUUUACAACAUUUGACAAGAGUGGAACAAGAUCGUCUUGGUAGUUCGGUUAAUAAGACUUUGUGGAAUACCGCGCCUGCAGUUGUCAACGCUUAUUACAGUCGCUACAAAAAUCAGAUAAUGUUUCCAGCGGGCAUACUACAACCGCCAUUUUAUCACAGAUACUUUCCAAAGAGCUUGAAUUACGGAGGGAUCGGUGUAGUGAUCGGUCAUGAAAUUACCCAUGGUUUCGACGACAAGGGCAGAUUGUUCGAUAAGAAUGGCAAUCUACACAGAUGGUGGAAAAACGAAGAUAUCAAUGGCUUCCAUGAAAGAGCAAAAUGUCUUAUUGGUAAAAAAUUCAUUGACCAAUAUAGCCGCUAUACUGUAAGCGAAGUUGGCGCACAAAUCAACGGUAUAAAUACACAAGGAGAGAAUAUCGCUGACAAUGGAGGCAUCAAACAAGCAUUUAAAGCUUAUGAAAGAUGGUUGUAUAUAAAUGGCGAUAAGGACGAGACUCUGCCUGGUAUUAGCGCAACCGGAAGGCAAUUGUUCUUUUUGAAUUUCGCUCAAGUUUGGUGUGGUUCAAUGCGACCAGAAGCUGCUAAAAAUAAAUUAAGAAUUGCUGUCCAUGCUCCUGGAAAAUUCCGCGUGAUCGGUACGCUGUCGAAUUCAAAGGCUUUCGCGGAUGUCUUUCAUUGUCCCCUUGGUACACCUAUGAAUCCUAUUAACAAAUGCUCAGUUUGGUAACAUAGCCGUAGAUAAUUAUUAAAGAUAUCCUUUCAAAAUAGAUCACACGCACGCACACGCACACACGCACACACGCACGCACACACGCACACACGCACACACGCACACACGCACACACACACAUAUAUAUAUAUAUAUAUUGCCUUCAUCAAGUAUAAUUUUGCAAUAAGUUGUCCUUCGUUCAAUAGAAGAUAUUUUUAACUCGAUUUAUCUACGAAACCGAAUGAAUGUAAAAUUAAAGGAAAAGUAAAACAAAAACAAAAGAAAGAACAUAAAAAAGCUUUGUUUCAAAUUUCAUUGUAAAAGCAAGAAAAUCAAAAGUCAAUUUUAUGCCUUGAACAGUGCGUUCAUUAUUUUAUAUUUUGCCUUCUUUAAUGUUUUUCCCUACUAAUGUUUACAAUUUUUUACGAAUAAUAAUGAAUUAUCAAAAAGACAUUCCAUGUCACCAAUGAAAUACAUUCUGUACACGUCGUUAAUGUUAAUUACUUUAUUACGUAAUACUCACAGCGGUUCAAAAACGCACGAGUUGUUUCCACGCAAGUUAUACACAUAAAGAAUUUUCGGUAAAAACAAUAAAAAAUGUAUAUACAUUCCUUUAUAAAUAAAUAUAAUAUGUAUAUCUA